AUGGCUUGUCGCAUCUAUAACCAAGCAGAAAAUAUCUUGACAGAGCUAAAAAAAUUCCCAAAGUACCUGAGACGAAUGCAGUAUACCAUGUUGAGCCUUAAAACAAUUCUUAUGGAUGCUGAAAAGGAAGAAUAUAGUCAUCAUCUAAAUGAUUGGCUACAGGAACUUCAAAAUGUAUUUUCUCAAAUCGAGGGAUUGCUAUAUGAAUUCAAUGGGGAAGUCAAAAAACAAGAGGCUACUGGAAAAUGGGUAUUUGUUCUUUCCUUUAACUCCAGUCGAAUUGAGCAAACUAAAAAAAUGAUGAAACUAUGCGACGAUUUGGAUGAAAUUGCAUCCCAAAUGUAUGACUUCAAUCUAACAAACAUGGAGACAACACACUCCUUUCUUAGUGCUACUGAAGUUUCGACGAGACUCAUGAAACCAAGUUGGCAAUUGCUUUACCCGUUGACUAAUGCUCCCAAAGUUUUCCAUGACAAACGAUAUAGUAACUUUCUGGAUCAUUUCAAAAAAUCUACUCUCGGAUUCUUCCACAUAGUUGGAGAGCCAGGUAUAGGUAAGACCACACUUGCCAAAUUCUUUUACAACGAUCCAGAAGUGGUGAAAACGUUUCCAUCAAGAUUGUGGAUUUGCGUGAAAGAGGAAUUUGAUCCACGGAGAUUGAUAAAAGAGAUGCUUGAUUUUUCACAUUGUCAAGCAACAUGUGAUAACUUGACUGAGAAACAAUUGUGCUUUGCAGUUCAACAAUUUCUGAGGGAUAAAACAUUUCUGCUUGUUUUUCAAGAUAUUUCAAUCAAGAACCUAGGUGAUUGUUCCAUAUUUAAAAGCUUAUUGGGGAUGGGAAACCCUGGCAGCAAAAUCAUAGUGACCACUCAGAAUGAGGAAAUUGCUGAAGCUAUCAGGCUAGGAAAACUCUGCAAGAACGAGAGCCAGGAAGUUCCGUCCCCAGAAGCCACAGAACCCUCAGAUGUUAACAAUGACGAAGCAUACAAGGAUAAUAUGACAUAUCAAAAAAUUUUUGAAGUUGAGAGGUUGUCAAAGGAAAAUUCAUUGUCUUUAUUCAAAGUUCAUGCUUUCACAGAAACACAGGAAGCACAAAUCCCAAAUCUCACAAAAAUACAAGAAGUAAUUGAGCAGAAAUGUCACGGGGUUCCUUUGGCAAUAAAGUGCCUGGGGGGUCUGCUAUCGAAAACUAGUAUAGCUGAGUGGAAUGGUGUCAUCGACAAGUUAUGGGAACAUGAAGAAGGGGAGGAUGGGAAUAAGAGUAUUUUACCUGUGCUUAGAUUAUGCUAUGAUCGAAUGCCUUCACACCUACAACGUUGUUUUCUUUAUUGUUCCCAAUUAACAAAAGAUCGCAUAUUGUCUUCGAAUGAUGUGAUUCAAUUAUGGAUCGCAAGCGACCUCCUACCCAAAGAGAAUUACUUAUCUUUGGAAAAAAUAGGAGAGAAUUAUUUCAAGGAACUAUGCUCAAGAUGUUUCCUACAAGAACUUGAGGAAUAUGGUCUUGGCUAUUGGUUUAAAUUGCACCCUCUCAUUGAAAAACUUGCACGUAUACUCACACAAAAACAGGUCUUCCCAGUCGCAAACACCAAAUGUAUAGCCUUCACAGUAAGAGAUAAGGUGCCCCCUAGUGCAUUCCUAGCCAAUACAUGCAUCGACAAGUUCAAAUACUUAAGACUACUGUAUUUAGGCAAUGCAAACCUACGGGAAAUUCCAAAUGCUGUAGAAAAACUGGUACAGCUCAGAUACCUAGACUUGCAAGGGAAUAAGAGACUCAAGCGGCUUCCAAAUUCAAUCUUCAAUCUAAAAAAUUUACAAACCUUGAUACUUGCAUCUUGUUCCGCACUUGAAGAACUGCCCAACCAUAUUAAGCAAUUGAUCAACCUGAGAUACCUCUGGGUAACAGCAAACAACCUCCGUCUGCACAAAAAUGGAGUUGGAACCAUGACUUCUCUUCGAUUUCUCGCAAUUGGAGGGUGCGAAAACCUACAAGAUCUAUUCGAACAGCCCUCAUGCCUCGUACGCCUAGAAACCCUAAUGAUUUACGAUUCCAAAACAUUGAAAUUGUUGCCAAACGAGAUAGGAGCGCUUAUAUCACUAAAGAAUUUGGUGAUUUGGAGUUGCAAACAACUUACACUGACGUUGAAAGGAGUCGAAUUCAGGCUUCGAAGAUUCACAAUCAGAGAGCUUCCAAGAGUGAGAAAGUUGCCGGAAUGGAUUCAAAGAUUCACCGAAAGUCUAAGAGUUUUGGAAAUCAUCGAUUGUCCCAUCGAAUUGAAGGAUGAUGAGUUCAAAUCAUACAAAUCACUUGAACGGUUAUCAAUUCAUGGAGCUGUGAGGAUCAAAAAUCGUAACGGGGAAUACUGCAUCGAUUUUCAAAAUUCCGUUAGGCGUAGGGAAGUGAAGAAGGAAAUGAAGACAUGUUACUAUUACUAA